GGUCAACGGGCGUGCGAACGACCGUCGUCGGCGGCGUAGACGGUCGCGUGCGUGCGUGCGCGUGGCCGUGGCUCUCGCGCACGGAACACCUUUCGCCCAUAUCGCACCCACACGCACCACAGGACCGGCAGCAAAGCCCGCGGCACCAGUAUAACGUCCCGACGACGACCCGAUGCCCGUCGCGUUUGUCGGCCGUUUGUCGUUGUCCGGUGGACGCGUGUAGCAAACACCGCCACCGCCACAGCUACUAGGCGUCCCGGUACACAGGGGACGGCCGACGACGGCCGGUACCCACCGAUCCGCGGUCGCCAAACGCCGCGUACCGCACCGCGAUGCGGGAAGACGGUACUACCGAAGAAAGUUCGUCGUCGUCUUUUAUGGUGAUCGGCAACGGCGGUGGCGACGGCGGCAGCGGUGACGACGACGACCGCGGCCGGCAACACUUUGUCAAAUCUCUGGACUCGAGGCUCAAGAAACUACAGCGGCGAGCGGCCGGCGGCGGCAAACGGACUUCGUCCAGGAAACCCGUUUUCGUUACCACCGUGAAAACGGGAAUAUUCCUGGACCCGCCGCCCGACCUGGCCGCCCUGCUCGGUCUCGAAGAUCGUUCGUCCUCUGCGGCCGCCGGUGACGUCGACUCCAGCUGCCGGUACUACUCUUACUCCAGCAAACCGCGCGUGCUCUACGAUAAACAGCACCAGCGAACCACUGUCGCCCGCAAAUAUGACCGCCAACCCGAGUGAGUAGAAACAAAUUAAGGCGGCCAGACCGCCGGGUGUAGAUUUUUUAUUUUAGAGAUUCUUUAGUAGAGCGAGGAAGCUGGUCAUACCAAGAUAUUGCUUUUUUAUCGAAAAACACUUUUCAGAUUAGAAAAAUACACUCUAAAACUCGUGCUCUGCAGUAACUUCAUAAAAUAUGCCGAUUUUCCAUUUGAAGCCGGUCGAUUUGUCAAUUUGUGUUUGGGUGCUCACACUUAAAUUAUUUAAUUUGUCGAUUUAGUUUAUACUUUUUUUAAACUCGAGUAUUUUUUAUACUGACCAUUUCAAACGUUGCGUGCUUAUUAUGAUGGAAAUAUCGAUUCAAUAAUCAUAGACACAUCUGUCGUUCUAUCACCACCGUUCUAUUCACCGUUUAAGACAUCUGUAGGUGUGUUCAAAGCUAAAGAAAACAUUAAUCUCCUGCAAAAACAUACGGUUAAAUUUAUAUUUUUUAAUUCAACCAGACUUCUAACACUUCAAUCCGUCUCUAAAACAAUUAUAUAAUUUCCGAGUUUGUGUUAAUUUGGUCCAGAUAGGGAUUCGCUAAAUGUAUCGUGUAAAAAACGAGGUAAUGAUAUGUAUUUAAUGAAUAUUGUAGGCUGUAGUAAAAAUCGAAAUUUUCAGUUUAAAUUCGAUAAAUAUGGCAAAAUACUACACCACGUACUUUGUUAUAAUAUUUACAUUAUAUCCCAGACAGCAAAAAAUCAUUGCUAUAAGAUUGUAUAAUUGUUAAUUAUUCAACUAUGAGAUUGUAUAGAUUGUAUAGAUAUCGAAUACGAAUUGUAUGUAAAUUGUUUAAUGUCAAUGCAAUAUCCCAGUAAUUUUAUUUGGCCAAGCAAAAAUGAUCAUUUAAUAUUGAAUUUACAAUGUUACAUGCACAUUGUAUUACUAAUAUUUAAUGGAUCUUUAAAAUCAACUUGAAUAGAUGUUAUAUAAUUAAUUUUUAAUAUUCAAAAAAUAUGACCACAAUAUUAAUUUUUCAACAUCUAUUUAGUAAUGCAUAUUAAAUAUUACAAUAAUAUUUAUAGGCAUUAUCUAAUAUCCAUUUAAUGCCAUAAUAGUAUUGAAUGCAUAACCAUAAGAUAAUAUUGAAGAAAUCAAGUUUAAUAAAUAUUGCUUAUAAUAUAUUAUUAUAAUAAAAUAAAAAAAAAAUACUCUAAAAUGGCAGUUCUUAUAAACUCUGAUUCACGGUCCCCCCCCCUGACAUUCAGUGAAUCUGGUAGGACCUAUCAAUAUUAUACUGGCCAAGACACAAAUAAGGUACUUUUUAGAUUGAAAUUAUUCAAAAAGGAAGUAGUUCAUCUGUGAUCUGUUUUAUAAGAAUGCUAAUAAAACAUCAUUAUAUGACCUCAAAUUAAAUGCUAUAACAUAUCAGUUGGGCAUAUAAAAUAUUACUUUUUUUAAAUGCGUUGCUUAUUAGUAUUUAAGUGUAUUAAUAAAACAUACAUCCGAUAUAGUUGUAAUUUAAAUUAAUAGGUACCUACGUCAUACUAAUAAUGUUAAGAAUCGCCUCAAUAUUGGUUGGUUGUAAUAUCUCAUUACAUAAUUAACAAAUAUUGUAGUCCUGUUACCAUUUCAUGUAGGUAUAUAUAUUAGGUAUAUAUGUAGGUUUAUAUUAUAAUAGAACAUUAUUAUUUAUUAGGAACUUUUGAUUAAAAUUAAACAUUUUAUAUAUAUCAUACUAAUAAUUAUUAUUUCACUUGUUUUAUUUUAGUGUAUUUCAAUGACAAAUAUUAGAAUAUUUAUUCGUAUANCAUCUUCAGUCAUGUCUUCUGGUACUUUUUUUGAAAUUUGUUCAUUUCUUUUGACAACAAAUGGUCUUUGUGCUAAUUAUUUUUGAAUUGUAUCUUCUAUUUCUCUAUCUUGAAUAUUGCAAAACAUUGAAUCCUUUCGUAUUGCUUCUAAAACCAAAUUAAUAAUACUACACAUAUAAUAAUAAUAUAUAAUAGGUAAUAUAAUAUUCUGUUUCAUCAUUUAAAAUAUUUAUAUCAGAAUAGGAAUUAUUACUAAAUACAUUAUCAACAUCUACAGUACCUAUACUGGCUGCACUAUUCAUUAUAAUAUGUGAUAUAGGUAAUUCAUUUGAAGAACGAGGUGAAUUUGGUAAACUAUUAAAAUUAAAUUGUGGAUUUAAAUUGUUUCUUGCAAAAUCAGCAUCCUGAUUCUGCAGCUGAAUAAUUCUUCUACGAGUUCGAGAAGAAAUAUUAAAAAAGUUUUUUUUAGACCCUUUGUUAAUUUUUGGCAUUUUAUAUAAAAUAAUAAUAAUUAUGAUUCUAAAAUUCUACUGUUUAAAAACUAAAUGAAAUUACAAUGCUACAAUACUAUUAAUUAAACUAUAAUAGAUAGAAUGACAGACAGACAGACAGCAUUAUAAUACAUUAAAAUUGCAUUUUAUUACUUCUUGAAUUUGAUAUUAAAUAACAUAUGAACACUUUGAAAUACAUUUACCAUCUAAAAAUAUUAUUUAAAUUUAGCAUUAUUGUGUUUUACAAAAGUAAAGUACAUUUUAAGUAGGUACCUACAUUUAUAAAUAAUGCGUCCUGAUAAAUAUAUACAUACAAACUCAGUUAUGGAUGUUGUAUAGGUUGUAACUUGUAGGUAUAUGCAUGAAAAUGAAGAUACAAUGUAAUUCUUCAAUUACAGAUAUGCAACAUAUUAUAUAAUAUGGUAUUAUGUACAUUAUACCAACUGACAAAUACUAAGGUAAUCAAAGAAUAAAAUACAGUACUUACUUCUGACGUUCAAAUAAAUAAUCACUUGUACUAAAUAAGCAAAAAAAAAACUAUAUAAUAGCUAUAAAUUAAUUAUUACUAGUCAAAUUAAGUAAAAAGUAGACUGGAUAUCUUAACGCGCAUUAAUCGUCAGUGCCACAGAUGGAUUAUUACGAUUACGGAACACAAUUCGUAGUUCGAACCGUUCAUAACUAGGCUUAUCGAUUGACGUGACAACGACAAUAUAUAUCACACUAGAGAUAAUCGGUUCUAAAAAUACCUAUACUCUGUCCGUUAUCGCAAAUGUGCACCCACUCGCGGUAAUCGGUACCGCUCCAUCCAUUCACCGGCCUAUCGAUCUCGCCGCCAUCGAUACAUAUGUACCCAGCAAGUGUCUAUCCAAUUAUAAUGCGCAUUUAUUUAACGGUCGUUCGAUUUUUUUCAAGACUAAACACCGUGAAAUAUGUUUUUUUUUUUUUUUUAGAAUAAAAUACAUUAUCGAUAGUAUAUUAUUAUAAUAUAGUAUUUAAACAUAAUUCUUUAAAAAAAAAAAAAAUAGUAAUAACAAUAAUAUAUAGUACAAGCCACACAAAUAAUAUUCAAUAAUAAUAAUGUUCAGUUAUAACUUAUAUUAUUAUUUAUAUAAUUAGAUAUUAUUGAUUUGCGUAAUAAUAUUAUAAUCGCGCAACACGAAUAAACUUUAAUGACCAUUAUGUCCAUGACCCUUGACCAUUAAAAGGAUACACCUACGCGUAAUACUACUGCGUUAAUAGUAUAGAUUAUUUGAAUAAGUGGGUACUUAUGUUAAACUUAAAUUGUGUACGUAUCCGCAAUGUGAUCAGGCGCUUAGAUAUAUACCUUAAGAUACGAAUCUCAACAUAUAAAUUUACGUGAUCAUGAACAUGAUGUCGUAACCCUAUAGGUACAUGUAUAUUUCUAAAAUUAUCGUAAUCACUUAUAGGAAAUAUAUUGUGUAAACAAAUAUACAUUGUGAUAAAAUCAAAAAUCAAAGGAAUAUCCAAACCUAACCUAACCUUAGAAAUCACUUGAAAUAAUAUUUAUCUUAGGUUUAAUGAUUUUCACGGUGACGAUAAAAAAUUUAAAAAAAUCUAAAUUCAAUCUAAAUGUACUACCAAGGUAAUUAAAAUUAGGGUUUUAAAGCUGCUACCGUUUUUAUUUGUGUAAUUUUUAUACAAUUUUGCCCAGAAAACCUUUUCAAUUGAGCACAUUAAUUUACAGUAAUAAUUUAAAGUCGCCACCAAUUGAGCAUCCAAUAACAACAAACAACUAUUUUGAUGUAUAUUUUUCGAUGGCUCUACGAACAUGUGUAUAGAAAACUCACAGUUUUAAAUUGGUUCGCAUUAUAAAACGUAAUUNAUUCGGAUCAAAAGUCACUAUAAUUUGUAAAAUCCUUUUAUUUAUUUUUUUUCACAGUACGUGCAAACAAAUGGGUUACACAAAUAUUAUGCACGACCGACGAGUAGUCAGAGGCAGCAAUUUCACAAAAAAAACUAUCGUAAGUUAUUUUCUUUUAGUAAACUCGAACUGUUUGUAUUUUAAAUGUAAACCAUACUUAAACAACUAUCUAAUAAUACUAUUGAAAUAUUUAGCGUCCAAAAUGGAACCCGUAUUUUGGGUACGCUAAACAGUUAUCGUCCGAGGUGAGCGUCUUGCUUUAACGCAUGCGCUACAGUUUUGCCGUUUUAAUUUCUAUUACUUUUUAUUUUAUUUAUUAUACUUUUUUUUUUUUUACUUGCUACUUAUUUUGGCUUUUGAAACGCUGCGGAAUUGACAUUAGUUCACUCUUUUUAUUACGAUAGAAUUAUUACGGUCCAAAAUCACAUUGCAAUAAUAAUUAAUCAAAAUUGUAUUUAUGUACAGCCAAAUGUCCAAAAAGAAUCGGCCGCGUCACGGGAGGCGGAAAGUCGUCGGCUUGCCAUGGCUCGGAAAAAAGCGAUGGACUACCAAACGAGAGCGUUGCGAUUGCACCUCGGAACGACAAAAGAUAUCAAAGGUCAUCACAACGUGGAUGUCCACACCGACCUGCAACUGGAAGAAGUUAGUCCAAAAUCUCCGUAUUAUAAACUUUAAAAUAUACCUACAAAGUAUACUUAUUGUUUGAUUGAUAUCUUGGUUUAAUCCCGAUAAACCGAAAUUGAAAUAUUAUAUAAAACAAAAUCGUCUUUUGUUUCUGCAGUUGAUCGAGUACCGGGAAUUUCAGUCGUUCCAGGCCCAAACUGAAUUCGAUCAAGAGUCGUUCUCGAAUCCAGGAAAGAGAAAGUACACCGGCACAGAUGCAUCUACCCAAGUAGAUGACAAAGAUGUGAGUUAAAUAUAAUAUGAUUCAAAAAUAAUAAAUAAAUAUAUAAUAUUACAAAUAGUUAUUUUAUCCGACCGAGACACGCCGAAAUACAUUGAAUGAUUUUAAAGUUUAAAACAACACUAUAACCUACACAAUAUUAUAAAAGAAAAAUACAUUUUUUUUAACGAUUUAGCUACACGACUUUGAAACCGAGGUGACGCCGAUAGCUGAGUCGCUGAUCGCCAGCGUCUUUAGGCAGGCGAUGCGUGAAGUACUAUAUGAAGACGAGCUAGACGCGAGGGCACGACAGCAGAGAGCGUUGAGUCUGCAACGUACCAUCGAGAAGAUCGAAAUGGAAAGACUACAGUACGAAGACGAAAGUCUGAAUAAAGUUAUUGUGAGUAUCUGUUAUAUAUAAUAUAAAUAAAAAUAAUGAUAAAAAUAAGAUCUAAAAUUUCUUAAAAANAUAUGAAGACGAGCUAGACGCGAGGGCACGACAGCAGAGAGCGUUGAGUCUGCAACGUACCAUCGAGAAGAUCGAAAUGGAAAGACUACGGUUCGAAGACGAAAGUCUGAAGAAAGUUAUUGUGAGUAUCUGUUAUAUAUAAUAUAAAUAAAAGAUUAUAAUAAAAAUAAGAUUUAAAAUUUCUUAAAAAUGUACUAAAUCCUAAUAUAUGCAAAUAGUCAGUGUAUAAUAUCAUAUUAUAAUCGUUGGGUAAUGAAACACAUUAUGGUAUAAACUAUNCGAAAGUCUUAAUAAAGUUAUUGUGAGUAUCUGUUAUAUAUAAUAUAAAUAAAAAUAAUGAUAAAAAUAAGAUCUAAAAUUUCUUAAAAAUGUACUAAAUCCUAAAAUAUGCAAAUAAUCAGUGUAUAAUAUCAUGUUAUAAUCGUUAGGUAAUGAAACACAUUAUGGUAUAAACUAUCUAUUUUUCUAACUUACCGAUAGCUAUGAAGAUCUCGUUUAUUAAUCAAAUUAUUUAAAUUUUACAUUUUAAAAUACAUAUAUUUAUUUAAGGUUUCAAGAUUUAAGAUUUAUUUUUUAAUUAAUACGCGUAAAUUGUGGACUAUAAUUUACCUAUAUUGAUUACAGACCGACCACGCUCAAUUACACGAGAAUAAUGAGAACAUCGAAAAAGCUCGACGUGCAUUGAUCGUAGUGAAUAGUGACACCACAAUGAAUACAGCCGAUGCAACAAUAGUAGAAAGUAAAUCGUUUUUUACAUUGAUUCUAUAUUACAUAAUUACAUUGAACCGUGCAUAUUAUUCUGUGACAGGUCCAGAACUCGUGUCCUGGAUAAAAGAACGGCUACACAUCAAAAAUGACGAUAAUCUAAGAGGUAAUAUUAUAUAUAAUUUGAUUAAACGAACACAAAUAAUAUUGACAAAUAGUGCAAUAUUUUAUUUAUUAUUAAAGCAAUUCGAAUAGUCUUGAUCGAUUGUUCAGGUUUUCAAUUAAAAAAUGCCUAAAAUUCAAAUCUUAUAUUUGUAGCCUUGAUUUUUGAAUUCAAUGAUGAACACUUACAUUUACAUUUCUGACUAAAUUAAGAGGGUUGGUGAUCAUGAAUAUUUUAGUUAAUUAAAAUCUAAAAGCUAGAUACAACUUACUGUAAGAAUUGUUAAUGAUGGAUUCAAUUUUGAAAAUGUAUUACUUAUAAUUAUUUAAGUUAUUUACUAGGAUAUAUCGGAAAUGGAAAUAGAAUUAAUUUAUUGGAAGUCAUACAAUUUUUUUUAUAUUUAUAAGAAAUUUUCAAAAAUACAAAAAAAUAAUUUUAACGUAUCUUAUCUAGUGAAAAACCUAAAGAAUCAUUAUACGUUUUUAAAAUGCAAUUCCUACAUUUUUUUCUUUUAGUAGAUUAGUGAAAAAGUCUUAUCAUUUAAAGUACUUACUUAAAUCACUUAUUCAUCCCAUUAAGUACACAUUAAAAUCCCUAUGUAUUUAUUUUACAGAUAUAAUUGAGGAUCUGAUCCGACAUCGGUUGGGUGUACACAACGAAAUCACUAAAGUGCAAGACAUUCAAAAACCCGAAGAACUAUUUCGAGAAAUAGAAUCGGUUACAUUGCUGCAGAAUUCCGACAGUCAGCUCGAGAAAGCCGAUAGUCAGUUGCAGAAAGGAAACAGUCACCAUCAGAAAGUCGACAACUAAAAAAAACCCAUAGUAAGGAGUUAAAAUAUCGUUAAUAACAUUAAAUGAUGUUUUAAAUAUUUAGACAGGUUGAAAACCAAAAGUAGAUGCAGACAUUUUAAGAAAUAAAAAUACUCGUAUAUUCAAAUUAUUAUUUUCUUUUAAGUAUGUUUGCCAAAUCAAAUAUUUUAAUAAAAUAUUUAAACACUCUUAUAUUCCUAUUGUUUUUGCAAAUCACAACAUUUAACAAACGAAGUAUGUAUUUAAGCAACUAAACAAAUAAUGUAAAUAAAAAUAAAUUAAAAAAAAUAUAUAUAUGUGUAUAAAAGCAAGCAAAAAUUGAUCUGAUCACACUAGUGGGGAGGAGGUGUAUAAAUUUUUAGGUUAAUUGUUGCAAAUUUGUAUAAAUUAUAAAAUAAAUUUUGAAACCGGUUUCGAGUUGCUAUGACAAAAAUUAGGAAAUAUGGAUGCUUGCGACAAGAUUCGCAAGCAAUUUUAAAAAACGCACUUUUAAACGCUUAGGGGGGUUGUACACAUUUUGGUGUUUCUGUUACAAAUUUGUACCAAUCAUGUAACAAAUUUUGGCUCUAAUUUUGCGUAGUAUUUCUGAAAUUUGGAUGCCAGCGUCAUGCAGCUGCAAGGAACGCCCGUAACGCCCCCUCCCCACUUUGCCCAAUCGGCUUCAAACGUGUGUUAUUAUUCAGCAACUAAUUUGCAUAUCCAAGUUAUACAUUUACGUUUUAUUAUAAAUAUUGUAUUUUGGAAGGAAAAUAUUGGCAUUGAAAUAAAUAUCAAAAAAAAAUUUUUUAAAAAAAUAUUAUAAAAUAAUUAUAAAUAGUUAAAAGUAAACAUACAUACAUAUUGUAUUUGUAGCAUAAAAUAAAGAAAAACACAUAAAAAAAAAUACCAAAUCCUUGAGUGUUUUAUACUUAGGCGUUUUUUUUGUCUUUACUAUUCUAUUGAUGAUGAAUUAUUGAUUUGACACUUGUCAUAUUUACAUACAACUUAUAUUAUACUGCAGACUUAGUUUUUUCUUUUUGUUGAUCUGCAUUUUUCUUGUUUAAUUGUAUUGGAUUUAUAAUAUUAUAUUUAUAUAUAUUUCAAAUAUAGGAUGAUCAACUAAACGUAAGACACUUAUUAUUUCGGAGUGUUCUAACUUUUUCGGAUUUUUUUUUCAAAUUUAUUUGGAACCAAUUUAGUUCUAAAAUAUGCCAAUUAAACCGUUAUUUUUUGUUAGCAUUAUUUUUACAGGAGAAACUCACAUUUGAUUUAAAAAUAACCAUUGUUGAAACUUGCAUAAAUAUAAAUGGUUUGUUUAAAAUAAAAGUACUUUUUGAGAUAAUAUUUGUCUCUAAUUUAGUGAAUUACCUUGUAUAUAUUUUUGAAGUUUAUUAUUGUUAUUAUGUUUUGUUAUUUAUUGAGCAUUAAUAAUAUACCAUUCGAUAGGUAUAUCAACUUAAUAAAUUAACCUAAUAAAUCAAAUAAGUAAUUUUCAGAAGUAUUUUGUAUAUUAUGAAAAUGAUUAUUUGUGUUAACUAGUACUUAACUAGUACCUUAAAGGAAUCCCCAUUACAAUGAUGUUAACUCAAAAUAAAUACAUAAAAAUAAACACAACACGGCACAAAAAAAUAACUAUAAAAGAACAAAUAUUCAGUGACUUGGUGUCAUACACUGGUACUAUGCAAUGUGCACAAAAAUAAUAUUCAUAUCAAAUUAUAACAAUAAUAAUAAUAUAUUAUUGGCCUUUUAGAUAUUAUCGUACUUAAGGUCUAAUUAGACUAGGUAGUCUGCUAGGAAAACUAAUACUUUUCGAGAUAUUGAAUCUACCCACUUAAUUGUAAGUGAAAGGUAUGUUAAAUAUUAAAAAUUAGUUCUAAGAGAUACUAAAACUUAUAUAGGUUUAUAACUCCAGUGUAGACUACACAUACAAUAAUGUACAAUUGUUUCAAAUAUGAAAAAAAAUGGAUUCCGGCAAAAGUAUGAGAUUGCAAAUUUUUUUUGAAAAGUUCCUUAAAGUUGAAAAAUAAUGGCAUAGAUUUGGAACCGAUCGGACAAAGUGGGAAGGCCAACUUCACGGACGUCUGUAAGGAGUACAUAAUUUAAACAGUGAAGAUAAUAAAUAUUUAUUUUUAAAUCCGUAUUAAUAUUAUGUUACCUAUACUUAUAUUGUAUUUCAACUAGUGCUGAGAAAUUCGGAAUAUGGAUUACAAUUACCUAAUUCGGAUAUAAUCCAUUUAAUCUGAAUUCUGGGAUCCAAUCCGUCAAUCUAGAUAAAAUCCGGAUAGGUAAUCAUAAUCCAGAUUGAAAUCCAAAUUGUAACGUUUGUUUCGAUCCGAAUAUCGUGCUCAGCACUGGACUUUCGACCAUUUCGUUUAGCCCGAAAUCAAUCUAUAGUUAUCGAUGAAAAUAAACUAGUAACAAGAAUAUAUUAAUAUAUAUUUUAAGGAGAUCUGUUUGUGUUCAAAUGGACAUGCAGUAGUCUAUUGGACGUCCAGUAGAGUUUUGUAACUAAAUAUUAUAUUUUAUAUAAGUAAUACUCUCAAUGGUGAGGGGAGGGAUUACAUGGGUUAGUCAAAAAAUUUAAGGAAAGGAGAGAAGAAACAAUAUGUUUCUAUCAAUAUAUUUUAUCAAAGAUGCGAUAUACAUUUGCUCUUAAUUCCCUCGUUAAUUUUUGGUACCUAUAUAAAAUAACCAAAAAAAAUACUAGCCUCUCGAUGUUCAAAUUAUGGGUGUGUGUAACUAAAUGUGCUAAUUAGUAUAAAAAUAAAAACGAAGUAGUUAAACUUCAGAGAACACACUUUUCAAAUGAACUAAAUUGAACUUGAUUUUUGUUAUUUUUAGAUUUAUAGAAACAAAUCGUUACCUACAUAGAUGAACAUCGCCGAAUCGAGCUUCAAUCAAUAUAAUGUUUAUUUUUUCUUUAGGAUAACAAAAAAAAGUAAGUCUAAAUUAUAAUGUAUAUCAUGUGAUUAAUUAUAUAUAAUAUUAUAUUAUAUGAAUUUGUUGAGUCGUAUC